AUGAUUUUGUUGGGGUUGGUUUUCGGUAACGCGUGGGUGUCGCACGUCGAGAGGGAGGACGCGGUGCGGGCGAGUCGGGAGUUGGCGGAGCUCGUGGACGCUCGAGCGACGGUGACGAGAUCGGGGACGUCGCGCGUCGUCGACGCGCGUUUUCUCGUGCCGGGAGACAUCGUCACGCUCACGCCCGGGUGUGCGGUGCCCGCGGAUUGCGUGUCGUGCGGACCGCAGACGUUGGUUUUGGAUAAUUCUUUGAUCACGGGCGACAGGCACACCGUCGACGUCGCGAAGGGCGAACCGUUGUUCACGCGAGGCGUCGUCAAGCGCGGCUCCGCGAGAGCGAUGGUGGUGCGCACCGGAAAACACACAUUCGCUGGGCGCGCGGCGCGCGUGAUGCGAGCCAGAGAUUCAUCUCGCAAGGAAAUGUCCGCGUUCGACGCGAACGUGUCCAUCGUCACGCGCUCGUUCGCGGUGGUCGGAUGCGCGUCCUCGCUGAGCGUAUUCUUGUACCUCAUCGUGGGGGGGAAGGACUUCUUCCGCUCGCUAUCGUUUGCGGUCAUUCUUUUGAUCAUCAGCACACCUUUGGCGAUUCGAACGAUCGUGCACACGACGACCUCUUUGGGCGUUCGCGCGUUGGCGAAAAAAUCGUGCAUCGUCGCGCGCGCGCGCGUCAUCGAAGAUUUGGCUCUCAUGAACGUCUUGUGCGUCGAUAAAACCGGAACGUUGACUAAAGAUGCCGCAAAACUGAGCUCGAUCGUUCCCACGGUGCCUUUACUCGAGGGUGUCAGCGAAAACGACGUCAUGACGGCGGCGGCGAUGGGAACGCGAUGGAAGGAGCCGCCGACAAACGCCGUGGACGCGAUGAUUUUAGACGCCUUUGACGUCGCGCGACACUUGGAAGGGAAGUUCGAACUCGUAGAGCAUCGACCUUUCGAUGUCUCGGCAAAGAGAAAAUUCAGUGAAAGCAUCAUCCGUCGAGCGAACGACGGAUCGACGUUUCGCGUGAUGAAGGGCCCGAUCGACGUCGCGCUAGAAAAGUGUGUCAACCGCGAGAGCGCGCAAGCCAUCGUCGACGACGCGCUCGAGCAGUUGCAAUCUCGCGCGGCGGCGGGAGUGAUUUCUCGCGCACUCUUGGUGGCUUGUUCGAAAACCCACGACGAUUCGUACGUCGGUCUGGGUUUGAUUAUGUACGACGACGUGCGUCGCAAGGACGCGCACGAGAUGCUGCACGCGAUGCAAUCGCUCGGCGUCGACGUAAAAAUCGUCACUAGUGAUGUCGCUCGGGUCGCGCGCGUGGCGUGCGAUAAGAUUGGUUUCGAUCUGAGCGAGAAUUCUGACGGAAUCAUCCACACUCCGAGCGAUGUACCGUACGUGCCUCUUCGCGCGAGCGUGCUGAGCCCGGCGCACUGCGACAAGCUCGAUCGCAUGAAGGCUUACGCCGAAAUGCUACCCGAGGACAAGCACGCGCUGGUGAAGGCCCAUCGCGCUAAGGGUGACAUCGUCGGUUUAGUGAGUGAUGGCGCGAGCGAUAGCGCGGCGCUUCAGCUCGCACAUGUGGGAGUGUCGAUGAAUAACGCUAGCGACGCCGCGCGAUGCGCGUCCGACAUCAUAUUAGCCGCGCCGUCGCUCGCAGCCUUGGCGCACGCGGUUCUCUCUGCCCGAGUGAUGUUCGCGCGCGUGCGUGAAUACAUUGUAUUUCGUGCGACGUGCACGGCGCACGUCUUGGGAUUUUUUGUAUUUGGCGCCCUCGUGGUGAGUCCAAAAUCUUUCGACGUCUCCGCGCCGGAUACGUUUACGCUCCCAGUCAUCGCGUUGUGCGUCAACGCCGCGCUCAAUGACGUUGUCGUCAUCGGCACCGCGUACGACCACACCUCACCGAGCCGUUUACCAGAGCGUUGGAAUUUACUUCCGCACGUCUUCGUCAGCGCGGCGAGCGGCUUCACGGCGUGUUUCACGACUCUGGCGUUACUGCGCGUGGCGCUGAGCGCUCGAUUACCGUACGGCGAGGUGCAAACCUGUGUGUUUCUCAAGCUCACGCUCACGGACGCGAUGACGGUUUUCAGCGCUCGUGCGCACAAGUCGUUCCUCGAGCGACGCCCAGGGGGGCUAGUUUUGGCUGCGUUCGCCACGUCAUUGACGAUGAGUUGCUUGUUGAGCGCGAAUUGGCCCUUC